AUGAGCUUGCCAAUGAGCUAUCAAAGUGUACCUCAAGUGGCCAACCACACAGAGUUGGCCAACCACGAGACAGCUCGGCUUCAACGAGAUGAUUCUGUCCGUGAGUAUACCUCAGAGCCUGGCGCCAGUUUUGCUUCAUCGCUUCCUCGAGCUGCCAAGAUCUUUCUUGUUGGAUUGGCCGUUCUGGCCUUCAUGGCACUUGCAUCCUCUUCUUCUCCCUCCAACAGCACCAGCUUCAACAAGGAGGACUUGGAGGUGCAACUGUGGGGAAGCAGUCGUCAUGAACUUGACGAUCACAAGCACAAACACAAGCAUGGACACAAGCACAAGCAUGAACCUGAACCUGAACCCAAACACCAUCAUGACAAGAAGCCUGAGGAGAAAAAGGAAGAAAAGCCCCUUGAAGAAUGGCAAAUCCCACGCUACUUCAAUGACCAGCUCGUGGAUCACUUCAGUGCCGAUACUACUACUUGGUCCAAUCGAUACUACAUUAGCAGUGAAUACUUCAAAGGACCUGGACACCCAUUGAUUGUCAUCAUGGGAGGAGAAGGACCCGUCGACGAAGUCUUUUAUCCCUUUGUCAAGGAUACUCUAGCCGGAAAGUUUGGCGCCUUUGUCCUUCAGACAGAACAUCGCUUUUAUGGAACAUCCAUCCCCACCGAUGCCGGAGCUGCUGCCUUGCCCACCAAUGACGAGUUCAAACAGUUGCUCUCCCCCGAUCAAGCGCUAAAAGACUUUGUCCGCAUCACCCGACACAUUCAAGCCGAGAUUGGAUGCAGUGCCGACCGUACUUCCCCCGAGUAUUGUCCCGUCAUUACUGUGGGAGCAUCCUAUCCUGGAUUCUUGUCGGCCAUGAUGCGAUUCGUGUACCCAGAAGUCGUGGACAUGUCCUAUGCAUCCAGUGCCCCGCUCUUGCUCUAUGCGCAAGCUCGUUCCACCGAGGUUUACUUUGACUAUGUGACACAAGUGGCCGAAACCGCCUCACCGGGAUGUGCUGCUGCCACCAAGAGCACCCUGCUGCAAGUCAAGCAAGCCAUUUCGGGAAUGUCCAUGCACAAAGCCGUCAAGGACUUGGGUAUCUGCAACAACAUUCCCGAAUACAUUACCACGAGUGAGCUUCUAGCGGAAGAACUGACCAUGAUGGUUGGAUUCUCCAAUGCCGACUUUAACAUGGACUAUCACCCUCCAGGAGACAAGAAUACAGAUGUCAUCAAGGGCUGUCAUGCAUUUCAACAAGACAAGAAGACUCCCAUGGAACGAAUGGCCAAUUGGCUCGUUGUCAAGGCGGAAUCGGGAGCCACCGACCAUCCAGGAGAACCUUGUUACGAUUUGCACUGGGACAUUCCAUCCGGUCCCAACGCCACCAUCACUGGAGCUGACUGGUCCGGCAUGGGAGAUGGCGACACUGCAAACACAUGGGAAUAUCAAUGCUGCAAGGACCUCAUUAUUGAGACUGGCUUUGGUCCGAAUAGCAUGUUUUUGGAUCGUCCCUUUGACUUGGAUUGGUUGACGGAGCAUUGUCAGGCCCGUUUCCAAGUGGAUCCUCAACCUACCCGCAUGGUGGACAACUGGCACUUUGACAAGUUGGUGGAACACGGUGCUUCUCACAUUCUCUUUACGAACGGUUUGCAAGAUGGCUGGAGUCCCUUGUCGUUUACGGAAGAUUUGAGUGAAACCAUUGUUGCGUUGAACUUACCUUCCGGUGCCCACCACAGUGAUUUGAACGAAUGCUGCAAGGACCGUCCCGAAGAACCGGACAUUGUGGAAGGUCGCAUCGAAGUGGCCCGUAUUUUGGGCGAAUGGAUUGACGAACUCCAGCAGCAGGUUCAGUAG